AAUGUUUAACUUUAUGAAUUCGCGAAUGGAUGAAUUCAUUGAAGAAAAGAAGGACAUCAAAUUAAUAUUGGAUGAAUCGUUGCUAUUGUAAGAUCUAUUGAUGCCCUAAUAACAAUACAAAUUGCUUAAUUAGUAAUCAUGGGCAUGAUUCAUAGCGUCAAAGAUCACCCUGAGCAUCUGGAGACCCUCAUCGAGUAUAUUACCGAUUUUGGAGAUGAGGCUAACCAUUCGAGAUAAUAAUAUAAGUAUAAGUCUAUUUCAAGAACAAACUAGAUAUCCUUUUUUAGCAAGUGAGAUUUUGAGUAAGGAGAAUGAUUUCUUUUAAGAUUUCCUUUUUGAAGAACAAAAUCUUAAUUAUUUAAAUAGAUUAUUUUCACUUCUAAAUGAGGAUAUCCUCAACAUAACAUAAGCAGGUUAUUUCUCUAAAGUCAUCCUCACUUUAUUAAAGAAGAAACAUUUCAAAGUAAUAUAUAUAUAUAUAUAACAUUAGGUGUUAUAAUAUUUAAAUGAAAGAGAUAUCUCAAAUUUACUUAAACAUAUUGACAUUCUACAUAUAGCUGAAAUAAUUGAAAAAGUGAUUAUUCCAGAUCCUAAUGAUGAAAAUCAAUUACUUGAAAAACAGAAAUCUAUUUUAUAAAGAGUUAUGAAGAUCUCCUUAAAUCGUUAUUAUGAAACUGAAGUAUUUAUUCUAAUUAAAUAAUUAGGUUUUCGAUAAUUGUUUGUUAAUUAUCAAUAAUCUCUUAAAGAGUUAAAUCAAUCCAGAUUAGGAAGAGUUAAUCAAAAUAUUAUUGAAUCCCUAUUUCUUUCUCACUAUCUGUGUAUAUAUAAUAUACUAAUGAUUUUAGUAUUAAAGUUAGAGAACUGCAGCAUAUGAAUUAGUAUCCAAUCUAUUGUAAUAUAUUAAUAAUUCAGGUAAAACAGAUUACUUUCUUUACUUUAUGGAUGUAGCUAAACAUCUCCCAAAUGCAUUUACAACUGUUAAUUUAUAUGCUAUACCUCAUCAAACUACUUAUGGUUAAAUAAUAACUCCUUUCUCUUCUAACAAACUUAUAUUACUAUAAAUAUUUUAUUUAUUAUUACUUAGUGAAAAAGAAGAGAUAUUGAAUGAACUCAUAAAUAAUCAAUCAUUUUAAGUAAUUACAAAUUUAAUAUUAUCACAUGAAUUCAAUAAUUAAGCUUUAAUUUGGUUUGAUAAAAUAGUUAAUAUUAUAUUUUAGAAACUUCCUUAGAUGUUCAAAUCAAUCUAAGAAUUCUUAGCAUCAACCAUAAUUAAAUACAAUAAAAAUGAAAAAAAAAAAGUUGGAUCUCUUUAAAACAAUAUUACACCAGGAUAUUAAGGAAUAUUAACAAAAAUAUCUAAUUUAUUAGUAGACAAUCAUUUUACUAAUGAAAUUUGGGAUCAAUAUGUUAAUGAUACACUUUUUAAAAUUAAUUCAGUAGAAAAAUAAUUAUUAUGUGAUGUUGAUCCAAAACCAAGAUAAAUGUUUUAAUGUGUCUAGGAUUCAACAACAUUUUAACCUCAAAAAGGAAAUGAUGAUAAAGAAGAAGAUAUAGAAGUAGAAGAAGAAGAUAUUCCUGAAGAUGAUAAUAAUAAAGAAAAUGAAAAUGAUGAUUAUGAUAAAGAUUAGGAUUUAGAAUUAGAUUAAGAAUAGGAUUAAGAUUAAGAAUAAGAAUAAGAGAAAUUUUAUGAUUGUAAUGAAGAAGGACGAUUAUAAUAAUUAGAAGAAAUGUAGUAAUAAAUUUAAUAAGAAGAACCAAAAAUAGAAUAUUUUUAAUCAAAGUAUUUUUAUUUAUUUAGUUAUUAGACAUAAAAAAAGUUCAGAGGAGUAAGAAUUGAUUGAUGAAUAAAUUGAAGAAAUUAUUUCUGAUCCUUAAACUAAACCAGAAUAAGGUAUUUAUUAUUCUAUAAAAUUAGUUGCAUAAAUUAUCUAAAAUGAAGAAGCUUUCAUUGAUGACAUUGGUCCAUUAGAAUUAGAAAAUAAACAAGAUCAUCAAGUCAAUGAAUAUUAUAAAAAACAUGAUGAUCCUAAAAAUGAAGAAUGAU